CUCUGACCUAUACCCAUGUGAGGCACCAAUAACACUGGGUGGUAUAUUCUGUCGGCUCCCUUCUCAGCCUACCCAGCCCUCUGCUUAGCUUGGCUUUUUCCUUCCCCUGCGUUGCUUUCCUUCACCCCACCGUCCCAAUGCUGCCACACUGGCAGGUCCAAAUUCUCCAACACCUGUGAAUCUUUCAAUUUAUGCUUAAUUUUCCUUUUUUUUUUUUUUAUUAUUUUUUCUUGAAGAAAUUUCACCUGUGGAUUACACGAGCAUGGCAACAAGACUGUGAUAAUUGAGUGGAAAUGGAAUUAUUCAAGAACUUGGACACUUUUUACAGAUAAGUUGACGCUGACCUGAUUGUUACUGAAGCUGGGAUUUUUCCCAUUUCCUUCUGCAAGAGGAGGCUUGGCCCCCAACUCAAAGGAUUAUUGCUUAAUUUGUCUCCAUAUCACCAUGGCUGAAGCCAGUGGAGCCAAUAGAGCAGCUGCACCGCAGACAAGCUCCCUUAAGUCCACCAAAGGUCUGGGACUCCUUGGGAAGCUGAAAAUGUCUGCUGAGCUGCUGAUUGCCCUGGCUGCUCUCCUGUCCUGGGUGGUGGUGGGAGUGGUGAUGUUCGACUUUGUGGAGUACAAGGCAGUCCCUGACAUUCAGCAAAUAGUUUCUGACCCCGUGCAAGCUGUAAACGACGCUGUCGAUGAAGUGUCCAGUCUAUUCAACAAGUUUCAAGAAUGUGCUCCUGAUUUAAGUGACCCCAUGUCAGCUGCCACUUACGCAGCGGAGGAAAUAUCGGACGCAAAAGAUGGAUUUGUUCGUUAUUUUUCAGAUGAUGAAGGGAAAUUCUACCUCAGCUAUGUUGACCCUGUGGUCAUCGGUAGACAAGCUUUCCAUUCAACCAAUGAUUUCCUCUGUGGAUAUGUGGGCACCUUCAAGGACACACUGUGUGCUAUCGUUGACACUAUAUCUGACAUAUUAUUGGAUAUAAAUAAAGGAAAAAUGUACCUUAGCUACACUGACCCUGUGGUUAUAGGCAGAGGUGUCUUUGGUGUAACUAAUGACCUUUUGUGUGGAGUCGGGGGCUACAUCCAAGAUGUGCUCUGUGCCAUUUUGGACACAAUUCUGGAUGUAGUGAAAGGAACCAUGGAGAUAACCUUCACAGACCCUGUGGUGGUUGGCAGAAACGUUUUCAGUGCUACUGAUGACACCGUGAGUGGAAUAGUGGGCUACAUCAAGGACGUGCUCUGUGCCAUCAUAGACAGUAUACUGGAUAUAACCAAAGGAACCACUGACAUUAGCUUCAUUGACCCUGUGGUUGUUGGCAGAAAUGUCUUCAGUGUUACUAACGACUUUCUGGGUGGAAUAACAGGAUACAUCCAAGAUGUGCUCUGUGCCAUCUUGGAUGUAAUACUAGACACAGCAGAAGACAUCCAGCAUGCUAUGGGAUUCCGACCCAUGUCAGCUCUGAAGAGAACAGCAGAAAUCAUCACAGAACAGAUAGACACGCUCUGGAGCUACGUCUCCACAACGCUGAUUGGAGAACAAGGGGUCAUGCCUGAAGUGUCUGUUGACCCCAUGAAAGUUGUUGAAGAGGCCGUGUUGGAGUUCACAGACAAGAAAGAUUUGUUUGUGGCUUACAUGUCAAGCAUGCUUGCUGGUGAUCAAGAUGAACCUGUUGCCACACCUGUUGUAAAUAUUGUUUCUGAAAAAGAUGAAACUGAUGCUCCCCAAUCCCCCUCUGAUAUACAUCUGGUACAAAGGAAAGGUGAAUUCCUGCCACCUUUUGAAAAAGUUACAGAGAUUAUGAAAGCUGCCAAAGAUGACGCUGCUGCUGCUGCUGCUGCUGCUGCUGCUGCUGCAGAGUUAAGUGAAGCGCCAGACUCAAAGAUCGAGGAGGAGGCUAAAGUUCCCACUGAAGCUGCCAGUGAAGCAGAUGGGAACGAGGCGGAGGAUGUGAAACAUGUCGGCCUUGAAGAGACUAAACAUGAACCAUCACUGGAGGAAGGAGAAGAGGUUGAUAUUUUGGGGGAGGAUGCUGCACAUGACGAGGAGGAAGAAGAGGAGAAAGGUUUUGGUACAGAUGUUAAAACAGAAAUUGAAGAAGAAGAUGCACAGGAGCCAGAAACUAAAGGAGACGUGGUUCAAGCUAAGGGGGAGGAAGAGAGGACCAUAGCUGAAGACGUUUUGGUACAAAGAGAGAAGGAGGAGGAAACAGAGAAAGAUGCAAAAAAAGAUCAGGAGAGGGAUGAGGAGACCAAAACGGAAGAUUUGGUAGAGGAGGAGGAGGAGGAGGAGGAGGAGGAGGAGGAGGAGGAGGAGGAGGAGACCAAAGCUGAAGAAGUUUUUGUAGAAGGGGAGGAGGAGGAAGAUGAGGGGGAAACGCAAAAAGAAGAUGCAGUAGAAAAAGAGGAGAAGACCAAAACCGAAGACAUUGUAGAAGAAGAGAAGGAGGAGACAAAAAAUAAGGACGAUUUGGUAGAAGAUGGGGAGAAAGAGGAGGAGGAAAUGAGGGAGGAAGAUGAGGCAGAGGACCCCAAAGCUGAAGAAGAGGCAGUAGAAGAUAAGGCAGGUGACGAGACAAAAACACAACUUGUGGUAGAAGAGGAGGACGAGGAAAAGGAAGAGGAGGAGGGGGAGGUGGAGACAAAAACUGAAGACCAUUUGUUGAAAGCUAAAGAAGAGGAGGACACAAAAACUGACGUUCUGGUAGAAGAUGAAAAGGAGGAAAAGAAGGAAGAGCACACAACAACUGAGGCAGAAGCUGAUGAGGACGGGAUUGAAGAUGAAGAUCUUGAAGUUGGUGAAGAAAUAGACAAAGAAAACAUUGAAAUGCCUGACACCGAUGUCAAAGCUCAGUUUGUGAAAACUGACCAAGACGAUCAAGCUUUAGAUCAGGACGAUGAUGAGGCUUUGGAAGAGGAGGAAGAAGAAGAACAACUGGAAAAAAUGGAGGUAGAUGAUGAAGGCAAACAGCCAUCUGUCCAACAACUUGAUCUGAAAAUUCUGUUAGCUGAAGAAGAAACACUGGUUCACGACCAAGACGAAUACAAUGACGUCAUUGACGAUCAUCGGGAUGAAAACAACAACAAUAGUGAAAGUGGGAAAACUGAACUGAAAGGAAAGAGGAAGGUUCAUAUUCCGUUUGAGAGGCUCAGAAAACUCGGAUCCAGAGCUUCUCAAAAACAGCACCUUCACAAACAUGAGAAAGUUCUCAAAGAAGCAAAAGAAAGACAUGCAAUGAAAGACGUUAAAGAUGCCAUUCUUAAAGACCUCAAAGCUGCAAAAACUGAAAAGGAGAAAAGAGAAGAGGAGAUGAAAAUUGAGGAAACCAUAGAGAUAAAAUUAAAAGAAGAUAAGCUAAAGGAGGAGUACAAACCCCUUGAAAAGAAACCACUGAAGCCCAAAGAAAAAGAGCCUAAGGACAAGGAAGAAUCUACAAAACCAUCCACAGCGGAGGCAGAAGUACUGAAGCCUUCUAAGCAGAAAGAUGACACAGCUGAACCUAAAAAGAAGAGACAAGUGACAAAAGACUCUGAAGAAAAAAACAGAACAGAACUGAAGAAACCACCUAAACAACAGAAAGAAGUCAAGAAACUGCCUAAAGAAGAGAAAGAAGUUGAUAAACCAUCUAAAGAAGAGAAGGAAGACAAGAAACCAUCUAGAGAAGAGAAAGAAGUCAAGAAACCAUCUAAAGAAGAGAAAGAAGACAGGAAACCAUCUAGAGAAAAGAAAGAAGACAAGAAACCAUCUAAAGAAGAGACGGAAGACAAGAAACCAAUUAGAAAAGAGAAAGAAGUCAAGAAACCAUCUAAAGAAGAAAAAGGAGUCAAGAAACCAUCUAGAGAAGAGAAGGAAGACAAGAAACCAUCUAAAGAGAAAGAAGACAAGAAACCAUCUAAAGAAGAGAAAGAAGUCAAGAAACCAUCUAAAGAGAAAGAAGUCAAGAAACCAUCUAGAGAAGAGAAAGAAGACAAAAAACCAUCUAAGGAAGAGAAAGAAGUCAAGAAACCUUCUAAAGAAGAGAAACCAUCUAGAGAAGAGAAAGAAGACAAGAAAGCAUCUAAAGAUAAAGAAGUCAAGAAACCAUCUAAAGAAGAGAAAGAAGACAAGAAACCAUCUAAAGAAGCGAAAGAAGACAGGAAACCAUCUAAAGAGAAAGAAGUCAAGAAACCAUCUAGAGAGGAGGAAGAAGACAGGAUACCAUCUAGAAAAGAGAUAGAAGACAAGAAACCAUCUAAAGAGAAAGAAGACAAGAAACCAUCUAAAGAAGAGAAAGAGGUAAAGAAACCAUCUAAAGAAAAAGAAGUCAAGAAACCCUCUAGAGAAGACAAAAAAGACCAAAAAACAUCUAAGGAAGAGAAAGAAGUCAAGAAAACUUCUAAAGAAGAGAAACCUUCUAGAGAAGAGAAAGAACACAGGAAACCAUCUAGAGAAAAGAAAGAAGAUCCUUGGGAUCCUUUGGAGCUGUCAGUGAUGAGGUUUAAGGUUUAA